UGUUCAGCCCUAUCAUUAGUGGUACCGUAGUAAAAACAAAAGAAUAAUAAUUUAUAUAUAUAUAUAUGAACAACAACAACAAUAUGACAUAUUGCAUCAUUUCAUUAAUUUAUGUUAGGAAAAUCUGAAUUACAUGGGACUUAAGAGUGUACAUAACAGUCUGGCUGUUACGCCAAGCCAGCAGAGGGAGCCCUUACCUCUGGAUGACCUGUGAUCACUUCCUCUGCUGCUACGUCCUGUUUUGAGACUAUAAAUUCUGAAGCAGGCCCCUCACCUGCAGGUUGCAUUGUUUGUUUAAAGUUAGCCUAGCUUUGUGUUUCCUUUGUUAGAGAUUCUUUGAAUGUUUGCUGCCUGACCUGACCUCUGCCUGUUUUUUGGAUUCAGUCGUCGCCUUGCCUCUGAUACUCCUGUUUGCUGUGUUUCGACGUCUGCCUGCUUUGACCGUGCCUUCGUCCAAUAAAAGCCUGCGAAUGGAUCCGCACGCCUCAGACCCCUCAAUCGUGACACUGGCAUUGUUAACCUUUGAUUAACUGAUCAUCAGCAUUUAACUGCCUCUGGACAUAACACCAGCCAUAACACUGAGGUCUACAGACACCAGCAACGUUCUUCGAGAAGCAUUUCCAAACAGUUUGAAGUCCAUCAUUCUACAGUAAGAUCGCAUAUAACAUUACCACAAAUGAAACAACCAAAUAAAAGUGAAUAAUCCUUCUAAAUAAAAAAUUACAACAACCAUUCACCUCAGAGAGUAGAUAUGGACAUGCUUGCCUGCGGCCAUGGUGGCCGUGUACUAACCUGAAGUUUUUAAAAGCUUUAAACUGGAUGUGUGAAGUGAGCCACAAUCUUUACACCAAAACUCUGUGAAAGGAAAAGGAUAUCAGUACAAGACGAGAGGUGACGGAUCCGUGGUCAAAAUACAGGCAGGUUGGAGCAAUAAUAGAUGGGUAUGGCAUGGACAAGACACAAGAAUAGUCCAGCGAACAAGUGGGGGUCAGUCAACAGCAGGUCCACAAGCUAUAAUCCAAAUCAGUGGCAAACAGGGUCCAAGAUGGCAAGACAAGGUCGCCGAAGGAAGCCAUGAAGUGAUCUUCACCCCGAUUGAAAUUUUUCUCUCCACAAAUCAGACACUCUUGAUGGCAUGCGUUAGAAGAGAAGAAAAGAGAAAGAUACAGUAGAAGAAAGAGUUAAAGAUAAACAAGUGAUGUGUGACUCAACAAUGCCAUACUACAAGACAGAGCUCAUGCAAUCCAGUCACCCUGAAGACACACAGGAAGUCGAGAAGAAGCCUGUGAAACGAUCAGUUUCAGAUUCCUGCUUCAGUCGCUUCAGCGCUAAAUGACAUGCAAAAUGAAACUGAAAUGUCAUCUUGCAGUUGUCCAGUUGCUGGACACUUGCUGCUGUAUUUGAACAGGUGUAGUGUAGAAUCCAAGUUGAGAGUAAUGAUUCUUUUCUCAAGGAUCUUGGAUGCGUUCAGCUGCUGAGAUAAAAUCCAAAUAUAAACGUGUAGUGAGCAGAAAUGACAGAGACACUGAGCAGGCAUGGGAUGUGUGUGGUGUGUCAGUGGAUCAGGCUCAAUCUGACGCUGCAAGAGUAAACACCGAGCUGAUCGACAGCUUCCUUAUUCCUCAGAAAUGAAACUUAAGUGCAGCGCUGUGCAGCCCCGAACAGAUUCUUCCCUUUUCAGUAAACACCAGCAUGACAACUGUGGAAAUAAGUAAAACUGCGGUUUCUCAUUGAAAGCCCGAACUGUCGAGUUUAAAAGACCCCUGCUCCCAUGUCUCAGAACAGAUGAAUAGUAUCUGACAAGAGACUGGAACAUGAGCGUUCUCAAACUUAUCCUUUUAGUCAGCUUCGGCACACAGUGUCACACAGUCACGGUGAAUCUGAGUGUCCAGCCGGAGCAGAACAUUUCUCUGCCCUGCUUCCUGAACUCCAGCUCGGAGAUGGCAUGGUAUCGUCUGAGCUCUGAGAAGAUUACUUUACUCGUAUCGGCAACAAAAGGAAACCUGAAAAAAGAUUUCAUUAUUUGCCAUAAUAAGGAUGAAAGUCACUUCAGUCUGGAAGCCGACCGGAAGCUUGAGUCGGUCAGUUUGGCUAUCAGCGGGGUCCUAGAGUCCGAUCUGGGGCUGUACUACUGCGCUCUCGGGGUCAGUGCAAAGACGAUGCACUUUGGGACUGCCGUCAGACUCACUUUUGCAGAUGCUGAUGUGCAGCGCUCGUCAGAGAGUGUGGGCUGCAGGACGCUCUCGGUCUGUGCUUGGGUCGUGUGUGGGUUUAGCAGUCUUCUCUGCAUGUGUGUGGUCUGUUACAGGCAAGACCUGCAGAAGAGCCCUCAGUCAAGCUUGAUCAAUGGCCCACCAGUCACAGGAAGGUGGCACCAGUCUGUCAUUAGGUCACCAGGAACCCUUGCAAGGCUUCAAAAUGUUCCUAGGACAGGUGACCCAGGGAGGAGGCACCAUCUGACCAGCCUAGAUUCACAUCCGACGGGGGACCAGGAGGUGGAUUUGGCUCCACCACAGCUAUCUGCCACCUGGUCAAUAAAAAAGGAGUUUCCUUCUUCUCUGAGUGUAGGACGUUCUAUCUCCUACCACGGCACCUUCCACUCUGUUCAGCACAGGAACUCUAAGUCUCUUCAGUCCCUCCUGUUGGCUUCUCAGGCUUUGUGUUCCAGUUCGCCAGGUGACCGCCCAAGUACAGUCAGUGCAAAGCGAGAAUGCUGCUGUUCAUCACGCGGAGGUUGCAACCCUUCUCUUGAAGGGUACAGUCGAGUCUGAACACCUAGCUGAGAAGAAGGUGGGUUUUUACAGCCCAUAGUUCAUUGUACCUAAGAAAGGCAGAGGGCUCAGGCCAAUCCAGCAUUUGAGAACUCUGAACCGGCCCCUUGAUGAAAUUGGCCUAUCUUAGCAAUGUGUUUGGAAAGCAAAACAAAUUAAAUCUUCAGCUUCAAGGCAAAGACAAGCAUUCACCUCAUCUAGGGGCAGAUGCACCUCGAUGAGGGAAAUACUGCUGCCUUUGAAAAUCUGCAUGAAAUUGUUGAAACCAGAACUUCUGUACUGUACAUGUAUUAACCUGCACAUCUCUACAUUGACAGAAUUGUUUAAAAAAUACUUUCCAAACAACAGCAUCUAUUUAAUAUGACAGGUUUGUAUUUGAGUUUUAUUUACUAUAUUUUUUUGUAAUUAGCACGAUUGAUUUUUAAUCUGAGGUUUCCAGACACUGACUUUGGAGUGCAGGAAGAGGAGUUUGACCAUUCUUCUUCAUUUUGCUACAUCCUACAUUUGUGAGAUGGGAUUUUUAGCUGUUGCUUCACUGAAAAAGUGUGUGUGUGUGUGUUUGUGUGUGUUAACUUCCCUGCUGUUUGUGCCCAUUUGGGUGGGUUAAAUGUAGAGCACAAAUUCCAACUAUGAGACACCAUAACCUGGCCACAUGUUAUGUCACGUUCCUUUCUUUCCUUUCCUUUUCCUUCCCUGAAAACCUCUCUAUGUAACUAGAUCCUGGACUUUCUGACGGGCAGACCUCAGUCAGUCCAGAUCAGGAACAGCAUCUCCAGCACCCCCACACUGAACACUGGAGCUCCUCAGGGCUGUGUGCUCAGUCCACUGCUGUUCACUUUGCUGACUCACGACUGUGCAGCAAUGCACAGCUCCAAUCAAGUUCGCUGAUGACAUGACCAUGGUGGGUCUCAUCAGCAAGAACGACAAGUCAGCAUAGAGAGAUGCAGCAGCUUACAACUUAGAGCCAACAAUCUAUAUCUGAACGUCAACAAGACCAAGGAGAUGAUUGUUGACUUCAAGCGAGCAAAGAGUGACUAUUCUCUGCUGUCCAUCGACAGAUCC